AUAAUUUUGCUACUAGUUUUCAUUUGUAUACAAAUAGAUUUGCUGAAUAGCUUUUGAGAAAUGGGCCACGAUGAUGACGAUGAUGAGGAAAGUUUCGGUGGUCUGUACGAAGAUGGGCAUUGGGUAUGGGACGAUAGUGUAGGGGCAUUGAUUUUCGUCAGCGAUCGCCCGGCUAUAGUAACUGAUGCAAUUCCAUUACCGAUUAAGGCUCCAACUGGCACCAUAGAAUUUCGAGAUGAUAUUGAUUUAAUAGAACAGUUGCGGUUCCGUAAACGUUACAUGAGGAAACUGAAGCCAGGAGAACCUGAUGUUAUCACGGUCCAGGACGUCAAAGAUUUGGCUAUAUACACUGCACCUCUUACGCUCAUGAGUCCUAUGUUAAUAGAUAUGUUACAUUUAUCUACCACGGAAAGAUUCAUUAGAGCGUUGAUUUUUUAUUGUCAAUAUUAUUUGCAGACGACUGAUAUUAUGGGUUUUCGUAUGUUAGAACUAGAAACUAAAGUCCGGACACCGCAAAGCGAAGAAGUGGAGAGAGUGUUCCGAGAAAAUUUAAGUGAUUUAAGGACUUUAGUUGCCAAGGAAUACUGCACUAUGAUAAUAGGUGGUGCCGAUACCAAAAAGUUCCACCAUAUGGGUGCGCAGAAGAAAAGAAAGUCAUUGUCAGAUAAAGACGCGCGACUCUUCGAAACGUUGUUGCGUAUGUGCAUUCAGAUCGUGUGGCUGGCUUUAGGUCGCAGAUCUUUUAAUCAAUUAGAGUUGGAAGUGAAUCGUCUAUUCAAGUCAGAUAUUUUUAACUCUGUCGAGCAUAUGAAACCUUCCAACAGUAAAAUGACGAAGGAGGAAAGAGAUGUUCUCCUUGGAUGCUGCUUGCGACACGAUCAGAAAUUGAAUACACGCUCGCCGCUUAUGAAUGAAGUCUUUUGUGCACGUCCUAUAGACUACCGCAUGAUGGGUUUAGGUGUCAUCAAAUACGAAAUGUUGCACCGACGACUGCUGUACAUGUGGCUGGCGAUUGCAGGACCAGAAGAGGAGUUGGUUAAAAUUGGAGUGCCUUGCGGUAUUCUUGGCUAUCCACGCCCCUAUUUUGAUACUAUGUUAUGUGUUUUACCGACUGUUGCAAGUGAUAAAUCAAAAUCAAAAGCGGGUGGUUCUAAACAGUCGGUUCAGUCUGAUAAAAGUAGAAGCAGAAGCAGCAGUGGCAGCCAAACUGCACCACCUCAAAGUUCGCUUGCCUUUGGAAAAAGUCGUUUAUCAACUUCUGAAGGAUCCGGAGGCAAUAGGUAUCUCUACACUGAUAUUGUCCUGCCAGAAGUGGAAACACUUUCGCAGCAGAUACCAACGUCGUUCCCAGACGAACCGGAGGUGGAGAGACGCUGCAGCGAGAAACAACGCCGCCAAUGGCAGAAUCGUCUCCAAAGGCUAAUUAACCCAAGUGCAAUAAGGCAUAAUAAAUAAAUAUUUUCACAAUAAGUAUUGUGGUUAAAAAAAAGAAAAAAUCAUUAUAUUCAAUAAAAUAAAUAUCUCCAAUC